AGAACUGGCGGGAGCUCUUAAGGCGGGCAGAAAGCGAAGCAGCCUAUGGCCUCUAGGGCUGGCACCAGGAUGCCACCUCUAAUGAUUAACUCAAACGCCUCUAAACAUUCGGAGGCAUUUCUGUCCCCUAUGCCCUAGUUCUCUCAGUUGUCUUUCAUUCUGACUUCGGUGCUUAAAAGUCCAGCUUCUCGGAAUCGGUAGCAAACCUCUGUGAGCCGGCGUGGAACAGGAAGUGAGUACAGUUCUGGGGAGCGCCGGCCCGGGCUGGAGGCUCGGAAAGCCCAAGCCAGCGGAGGCCUCGCCCGAGCUGGAGUUGUGACCGGCGCGGCAGGUACUCGGCCACAGGUGCUAUCUUGGGUCUUUUGCUGGCCUGAAACUCUCCAGGUAGCUCAGGCAGCCUGGCUGGUGUUUUAAAAACUCCACAUUUUAAUGUGUGUGCUUUUGGAACUACUGAGUGACUGGUUACAGCUCUUCUACCUCUUGAUAAGAAUGGAUUUCCAGAGUUGUCUUUAUGCUAUUGCUGAAGAACUGGGCAGUGAAGACCUGGCUGCCCUCAAGUUCCUGUGCUUGGACUACAUCCCACACAAGAAGCAGGAGACCAUCGAGGAUGCCCAGAAGCUAUUUCUGAGGCUGCGGGAAAAGGGGAUGUUGGAGGAAGGCAAUCUGUCUUUCCUGAAAGAGCUGCUUUUCCACAUCAGUCGGUGGGACCUGCUGGUCAACUUCCUAGACUGCAACCGAGAGGAGAUGGUGAGAGAGCUGCGGGAUCCAGACAAUGCCCAGAUUUCUCCCUACAGGGUCAUGCUCUUUAAGCUCUCAGAAGAAGUGAGCGAGUUGGAAUUGAGAUCUUUUAAGUUCCUUUUGAACAAUGAGAUCCCCAAAUGUAAGCUGGAAGAUGACUUGAGCCUGCUUGAAAUUUUUGUAGAAAUGGAGAAGAGGACCAUGCUGGCAGAAAAUAACUUGGAAACCCUAAAAUCAAUCUGUGACCAGGUCAACAAGAGCCUGCUGGGGAAGAUCGAGGAUUAUGAAAGAUCAAGCACAGAGAGAAGAAUGAGCCUUGAAGGAAGGGAAGAGUUGCCACCUUCAGUUUUGGAUGAGAUGAGCCUCAAAAUGGCGGAACUGUGUGACUCGCCAAGAGAACAAGACAGUGAGUCACGGACUUCAGACAAAGUUUACCAAAUGAAGAACAAACCUCGGGGAUACUGUCUGAUCAUCAACAAUCAUGAUUUCAGCAAGGCCCGGGAAGACAUAACCCAACUCCGAAAAAUGAAGGACAGAAAAGGAACAGACUGUGAUAAAGAGGCUCUGAGUAAGACCUUUAAGGAGCUUCAUUUUGAGAUAGUAUCUUACGACGACUGCACUGCAAAUGAAAUCCACGAGAUUCUAGAAGGCUACCAAAGCGCAGACCACAAGAACAAAGACUGCUUCAUCUGCUGUAUCCUAUCCCACGGUGACAAGGGUGUCGUCUAUGGAACGGAUGGGAAGGAGGCCUCCAUCUAUGACCUGACAUCUUACUUCACUGGUUCAAAGUGCCCUUCCCUGUCUGGGAAACCCAAGAUCUUUUUCAUUCAGGCUUGCCAAGGAAGUAACUUCCAGAAAGGAGUGCCUGAUGAGGCAGGCUUCGAGCAACAGAACCACACUUUAGAAGUGGAUUCAUCAUCUCACAAGAACUAUAUUCCGGAUGAGGCAGACUUUCUGCUGGGAAUGGCUACGGUGAAGAACUGCGUUUCCUACCGAGAUCCUGUGAAUGGAACCUGGUAUAUUCAGUCACUUUGCCAGAGCCUGAGGGAAAGAUGUCCUCAAGGAGAUGACAUUCUUAGCAUCCUGACUGGCGUGAACUAUGACGUGAGCAAUAAAGACGACAGGAGGAACAAGGGAAAGCAGAUGCCACAGCCCACCUUCACACUACGGAAGAAGCUCUUCUUCCCUCCCUAAUGAUGUGUGCUCUCCACAGUUCACAUGGCUUAUCUGUGCACUUUUGUGUGGAUGAGUCUAAUUUAUUUUUUAGAAUUUCUUUUGCUUUUGAAUUUACAUUUACAUAAUUUUCCCUUUUCUUCCCUUUAAACCCUUCUUUGUUAUGUUCCAAUUUCAAAUACAUGGCCUCUUUUCUCAUUAACUGUUGUACACACACAUACAUACACACACACACACACACACACACAUUUCUAAAUAUAACCUGUAUACUAUCACUUGUAUGUAUGUUUUGUUUUGCUUUUUUUAAAAAAUGGAGCGACCUUUGGUAGGCCAAUCACACUCCAAGGCAGGUCCCUCUCCCAAGAAUAGUUGGGCAAUACAAAUUGGCUUCCAUGGGUUCACCUUUAAUCUCAGCACUCUGGAGACAGAGGCAGGAGGAUCUCUGAGUUCAAAGCCAACCUGCUCUACAUAGCAAGUUCUGAGAUAGCCAGGGCUACACAGAGAAAGCUUGUCUUGAAAAAAACAAAAAAGAAAACUUGAAGAUGCAUGAGUAAGAAAGCAAGACUGGAGCAUGAAUCUGGUUAACAGAAUGGGUGAAUGACGGGAGCAGGGACCUGGGGCAAGUUAACAGAGGGGGUGAAUGACGGGAGCAGGGACCUGGGGCAAGUUAACUGCUGAAGGUGAGUCAGCAGAAUGGGGUGAAUAUCAUCAGCAUUCUCUGCAUGAAAUUCUCAGAGGUAAUAAUAAUAUUAAACUUUUUUCUGUGCAGUA